GUUUAUUAUUCCUUCACUCUUCGUCGCUCUCAAGAAUAUUCCUACCAUAUUCCACGAGGGCUUCCAAAGCUCCCGUUACCCAACUUCCCCUGUCCCCUCUCUCCCAGUGUAUUACCUCAGAACUCCGGCACCAUGGUGGAAAAGACCUACGUCACCUAUAACCAGGUCCACAAGCUGUGCCAGGAGUCGGCUCCCCGUAUCCUAGAGGAGUUCCGUCCGAACUUGAUGAUCGCCAUUGGCGGCGGCGGCUACGUUCCCGCUCGUAUUCUCCGCUCCUUCCUCAAACAACCCGGCCACCCCAACAUCCCUAUCCAAGCCAUCGGCCUCUCCCUCUACGAAGCCCUCGGCACCGCCGACGCCAUCGAAACGCCCGGCACUCGCGUAACCCGCACCCAAUGGCUGGACCUCUCGUCCCUGGAAAUGGCCAACCUAAUCGGCAAGAACGUCCUCAUUGUCGACGAGGUCGAUGACACGCGCACGACGCUCGAGUAUGCAGUGCGCGAGCUGGAGAAGGAUGUACGCGAGGCGCAGCAGAAGGCGGGGAGGACGGGAGAGGAGACCAAGUUUAGCAUCUUUGUGCUGCAUAACAAGGAUAAGCCAAAGAAGGGGAAGUUGCCCGAGGAGAUUAUCCAUGGGAGGUAUCUGGCCGCGAGGACGGUGGGCGACGAUUGGAUUUGCUAUCCGUGGGAGGCGACUGACAUUGAUGAGCACGAUCGUUUGGCGAAAGAGCAGGAGCAGAAGCAGAGUUAGAAAGGACACGGGCAGAUACCUUAGUGACGAGCAUUGAGCCGGUAUGCACUGAAGUCGCCGGACUGGAGUUUGGGAUGGAGUUUCUGAUAGGCGUGGAAUUCUGGGAGCGAAUCUUUGGAGGGAGCUUGGGUCUCCAACUCUGGCUAUACCAUGUGGUUUGAAUGUCGUGCAUGAUGGGUGUAUGUGGACUCCUGAAGCAUGUGGUAUGCGGCGGCUUGCAUGCAGGCAAUACAUAUCAAAUGACAAGAAUCUAUGCAUC